CUACCGUCCACAGCCCACCAAUACCAGAUUGUCGGAAUUUACCGAUCGUUACCGGAUAAUGCCGGAACACUCGUACACGAACAUACGACAAUAUUUGCAGGCACCCACAUCUUCCAAUAAUUUAAUUUUCCUUAUUGAUGUUAGGAUUGUCUUCCGAACAGUUUUAUGGAUAAACAACCUACUUGAUUGAUAAAAGCAAUGAUAUACACUCUAUGAUUUCGAGGUGAACUUUAUUCAUAUUCAUUAUUAUUACUGAAAUGUUAGUCAUUCACAAAAAUCAUCAAAAUUUAUAAGUUCUCCAAUUCUGAGUAAGUAACAUAGAAUGGUAGAUUGGCUUCACUGCAACCUAUGUUUCAACCAGCCUGGCAAUGGUAUUAAAUUUUCUCUCACCAGCUGUGGGCAUAUUUACUGUGAGAAGUGUUUAAAUGAAGGGACAAGAGAAAACUGCAAAAUGUGCAAAGCAGUGUGCAACAGUAUUCUAUUAACAGGAAAGAUGAAACCUGAUGUUGAGAUAUUUUUCGGAGAUCCAUUUGAACUGAUAAAGAAACAAAACAGACAACUGAUACAGGUCUUUGAAUUUCAGAAAAAUCACAGACGAAGAUUUAUGAACUAUUUAAGAGAUAAGGUGAACAAACAAAAUGCUUACAUCAAACAAAUCAAUCAAGCUCUUCAAGUGAGGCAAGAACUUCAAAAGGAGAUCAGCAAACUAAAGGAAGAAAAUCUUUAUUUGAAGCGGUUAAUCUCAGAAAAGGGUUUAAAUGCUGGGAGUAGGAACUCAACACCAAGUAGACCAUCAUAUCUUUCUAAUGUUCAGUCACAUGCUUCACCUUCAUUAUCUCCACGGGAGAAUAUGUCCAUGUAUUCAAGAACCACUCCAAAUCAGCAAUCACUUCUACCAGAUGUCAGAAUCUCACAGUCAAAUAUGGUGUUUAACAGUAACAGCCUAGGAAUACCAAUGUCCUUCCGUACUCCACCAUCUCAAAGUACAUCUUCAGAAAUGGGAGGAAAUUAUUUCCCUCCAAUGCCAAGUAGAGUUUCCAUUCGAACACCUCCAUCUCAGGGCCGAAUUGAUAGUCCUCAUGCUCCAGUAGUGAGCAUGAGUCCAUCAUCAGCUGUGUUGGAAUUAUCAAAGAAGUUUACUAGAUAAAAGUUCGUCCUUCUAUCAGUAAACCAGAAAUACAAGUCCAAAGAAUUUUAUAUUUCAGACAGCUUUUUCUGUGUUUCCCGGUUAAAUUUUGUAAUUUUUACAGUUAUAUUCCUUUUCUAGAGAUUUAUUUUUAAAUCAC